GUUGUACUCAGCAAGCAAUAUUUUGAGUUGCGUUUUGAAGCCUGGGCUUUUUGGCCAACAAAUUCUGAAUACAUGAUAAUAAUGAUUUGUUUUUUGUCCUAGUACAAGACUUUGUUUGAAAUGAGUAAAACGUAUCCCGUGAAAUUCACAUACAUAAUGGCAAAUCAUCCCAAAACUCUGGAAUUUCUGGUGAUGACAGAAAAGAACCUAACAAGUUAGGGCGAAAUGUCACUAUUCAUUGGUGUGCACCUGAAAGGUCUUAUCAUGAACUAUCUCGAGAAUACACUGGCGUUGAUAUACGUAACAACGAAGUACAAAACAUCAAUUAUCUUGUUGCCCACGGUGGCCAACUUAGACCUGCAAUAUCCGAGGUUGAGGGCUUAGACAGGUACGCUAAACAGUUUAUGGAAGAAGGAUCAACAACUCCACUUCAGAAGAAUGGUCAAAUUAAUGGCUAUUCAGCUAAGUUCGAAGCAAUUAAUCGUAUUACUACACAUUCCUAUCAAUCACUUAAUGGAGAAACUGGUCAGAAAGUUGAUCAAAAAUCUGUACAAAAGCGGUCAGAUAGUUUGACAAUUUUUGAGAAAUUAUGUCAAAACUUUACUAAAGAUUCAACGAAUAAAAAUGAAAUACGAGCUGGGAAACGCUUAGGAUUUUAUCGAUUUGUUUUAGAUAUUGGCAGAGGGAAUUUCUCCAAAGUUAAACUGGCACUUCACAGUUUGGUCAACAUUGAGGUUGCUGUCAAAGUGAUUGAUAGGACAAAAUUUGAUGAAAAAACUCGACGGUUACUUUCUCAAGAGUUAACAAAUAUGGAACGUUUACAUCAUCCACAUAUAAUACGUGUUUAUGAAGUACACGAGGUUUUACAACGAUGGCAUCUAGUCAUGGAAUAUGCUCCAAAGGGUGAACUUAAUUCACAUUUAAAGAGAUCUGGUCGACUAGAUGAAAAAACAGCCAGGAAUUAUUCUUCCCAGAUACUUUCAGCUCUCGACCAUUUACAUACCAAUGGUGUGGUUCAUCGAGAUCUUAAGGCGGAAAAUGUUUUCAUUGUGAGCAACAUGUAUGUUAAACUUGGAGAUUUCGGGUUUUCUAAAUGUGCCGCUCCAGAUGCAGCCUUAACUACCUUUUGUGGCUCUCCUCCGUAUGCUGCCCCAGAGCUCUUCGUCGCAGACUCCUACUUGGGACCAGCUGUUGAUCUAUGGGCACUUGGCGUCCUCACCUUUUAUAUGGUGACAGGAAAUUUACCAUUCAAAGCGGAUAGUCUACAGAAAAUCAAACGUCUUAUUCUCUCGGGAGAAUACCGUAUUCCAUCGUAUGUUACACCACACUGUCAAGCUUUAAUCUCUGGAUUAUUGACACAUACAGCUGAACGCAGGUUUACAAUCUCGCAAGCAAAGAAUUCUCCUUGGUUCAGCAGCGUUGAUUGGGUUCUUUAGAAAGACACAGAGACCCAACUCCUGAUGAAAUUGAUGAUACAUCUGCAAGGUAUUUAUUAAAAAGAUGGUGGAACGUUGAUGCAGUUGAAUUAGAUAGAGCUCUAAGCGAAGGACCCAAGAAUAAACUGACUGGUAUUUAUCGUAUCCUCCGAGAUAAAGGCCUACAGUACAAAAAUGAUCCAACUCUACCUGAUCAAAGGUAUAAAAAUAAACGUCUUCGUCCCAAACGUAACGGUUCUUACAAUAAUGGUAAAAGCAAGCCAAGAACGACUACUGGAUCACGCAAGGAAUUGACAACUGUUGAUCUUCGCGAUCAAAAAUCUCUGAAAAGUGAAAAUACUACACGUGCAUGCAGCAUUCUGUAAAACCGCAUCCGCUUUUCUUAUCUUUUCACAUAUAUAUAUAUAUAUAUAUAUAUAUAUAUAUAUGUA